UGCAGCAUCUGGAUAUCACAUUUAGGCGGGAUCCAACUAAUUACCGGCCAAGAAUCAACAAAUUGGAUUCAACCAAGGACAGAGAGCAAAAGGCUGCAGGAUCAUAUUAUUAUUUGGAUGAUUGACGUAAUUAGCAAACAGUGUCUGGUUGCAACAAAAUGACAGGGGCAUCUGUGUUGGGUAAUGGCGGAAGAUCUCAGCUGAGCUGUUUGGAAAUUUUGUCAUGCAAGAGGUCAUUUCGCCAGUGGAGGUCAUUUCGCCAGUGAGGAGCAUGUGUACUCUUUUGCAUAAAUGAGCUUCUCACACUAGUUGCUGAUGCCACUUUAUAGUCAAAUUCUAUAGUAUGCUUUUCUUUAUACCAUCUUUGUAAUUCACCAGGUGCGUGAUGGUUAUAACUUUUAAACUUAGUCAUUGAGGUACAAGUUUGCUUUUUGUGAUCCUUGAGUCCAUAUUUGACUGAUUCCAUUAAAAUAGUCCUGGGAAUUUUGAUCCUAUUCAUUUUCUGCCAAGAGGCUUUUUCUCCAUGAAGUAUCUUCUUUUGGUUUGUGUGUAGACUGUAGAGACUCUUCCUUUUUCCAAUAGUAAUAUCCUGCUGGCAUCCACUGGACGUUACAUGGUAAAAGUUCCUGAAGUCAUCUUGGGAGUUCUAAAUGUCAUCUCAUAGCAUUCAGCAAUGAAGCGGACGGCUGUUU